GAGGCAUCCGCACCUUCCUUCCUCAACUAUGAUGGGGUAGGUGGCCAUGGUUGUACUCAAACAGCAUGAUGAGUGCAGCUGAUAAUUUAGUAACGGGAAGCUGAGCAACCAUGUUUCUAGCCCUUAUACUGAUGUCUGCUGCUGACCCGUGUGGCAGCAAGUCUGUGAAGCUGGCAGCAUCAGCGGGAGUGGCAUCAAGCAACGCGCUCAACCCGUGUGGGCAGUUCAAGUGCUCCAAGGCCGGAUCAUCCAAUCGCUGUGCCUGUGCUUCUACCCACUUUGUGGAGGCCUCUCACCCCGACGGCUCAAAAACAUGCGCCUAUGUGGACGCCUGUGGGCUGGCAGGCAGCAACCCGUGUGUGGUGGGCACGUGUGUGAACGAUGGCAGGGGCAGCUACUCCUGUGUGUGUCCCCCGGGGUUCAUCCAAGGCACCACUGCGACGGGAACCCUCUCCUGCGCUCCCGGUGACAGCAAGGGCAGCUACACGGUACUUGGCAGCAAUGUGCGGUGCUUUCACUUGCUGCCUGUACUUGGCCUCACGCUGGACCAACUCAAGCAGCAGAACAAGAAGCUUUCCUGCACCAAGCCCAUCCCAGUGAACUCCAAGCUGAUUGUGAAGCUUCCUGUGCCCCUUCCCACCUGCUCUCUCUACUAUACCAUGCAACCUGGUGACGGCUGUGCAUCAGUGGCAGCCCUCUUUAACCUGACCGAGGGGUGCCCCGUGGAGGGCGAGGCAUGCGGGGAGGCGGUGGUGGGGCUCAACCCUGGGCUGGACUGUGCAGCGCUCACGGGCAGCCAGGCCGUGUGUGUGGAGCGGGAGGAGAGCAAGGCGGGGGUGGUGGCAGUGUGUGAGCAGCAGUACGAGCUGCAGGGCAGUGGCGGCUGCGAUGCUGCAAGGAUGGCCGUGGAUCCACCUCUGAGCCCCUUGGAGUUCCACCGCCUCAACCCCGGCAUCAACUGCAACAACCGCCUGCCGACUGAUUCAAUAGAGCGCUACUCAGAGCGCAAGGUGUGCAUUCGCAGCAACAUCAGGUUCAAGACAGGCACAUGCCCAGGGGGCACCUACACCAUUUCUGCUGGCGACAGCUGUGCAAUGAUUUAUGUGAAGGGGUUUGCCAGCAUCAAGGGCUGCUACAGGAAGAUGAAUGGAUUUGAGUGCCUGGAGAAGUUGCCCGUUGGGACAACUGUAUGCACCCCUGUUGCUUCUAGUGCAAGAAUUGGGACAUGCAUUGGGGAAUAGUGAUGCUCUAGGUGUAUGGUUUGCCUGGUUUCCAUUAUGAGGGCGUUUGGAAUAUGAAUGUGAGGCCAACCUGCCUCUGAUUUCCCAGAGAUCUUGGAGGGAUCGAGUCUGUUUUGACAGCCAAGUUAGAUUUUCAGGAAUGCCUGCCAUGACAACCAUCUGCACCCACGAUGCCAUUAGUGCCUGAGUGGUGAUUUUCUCAGCCGGGGCAUAAAAAUGCAGCACCUCCAAUCAGGGUCUCAGAUUCGUUUUAGGGAGGUUGA